ACGACCGCGAUUCGGAGCACGCAGGACCAAUGCGGCGCUGCGUGUAGACGCAGCGAGCCGUCAGAUAAUGGAUGAGCAGGUGGAGGAGCGGGCACUCCGGCAAGUGGGCCAGCGGGUGUGUGUGCGGACAUGCAGGUGAGUAGGCAAUCAGACGGGCGGGUACAGGGCGCGGAGCAGCACUACACAGGCCGACCGCGAGCACGCUGGGUGAACGUCCAGCACGCAGACACGGCUGACGAACAGGCGCACAACCGAGCGGGCAGACGGACGAGCAAGCGGACUCGCGGAUGGGAGCACUCGCGGACGGGAGAACUCACAGAGGGGCAGGCAAACGAGUGUGGCAACCGCGGGGCGGGCACACAGGCGGGUGAGCAGGUAAACGAGAGGGAGCACGUGUGUAGGUGAGCCAGCGGGCGCACGUACAGGUAAGCGGGCAGGCAGACGACACGUCUUAGGCUGAGGGUAGGAUAGAAUACUAUGUGCACUGUUGUUUCUCAGUAGAUAUGCAUGUGGAAUACAGUCUUUGAUUCAUAUGUUGUUG